GUGUGUGUGUGUGUGUGUGUCCGUCCCGUAUCUACAGUCUGUAUAGCUGAGUGACCUUGAUGUCAGCACUCAGCAGGAAGACACAAGAGAGGAGUGAUUAACUGCAGUGUGAAAAGGAAGAUGGAGAGAAGUGUGAAGAAUAAUGAAAUGAAUUAAGAAAACAGAAACAGGGGAAGUGUGAACGUUAAACAGGGAAAGACACACCAGAAACAAAGUGAAAGAGACGUGUUGCAGGAGAAUGAGAAGCCAAAUAAACUGUGGAGGAAAUUGGGUGGGGUGACGGAGUGACUCACCACUCAUCUGUUGUUUUUUUUCUUUUCCUUCUUCUUCCCCCUGCAGGCAAUCUGGAGGUGCAGUCAUCAAGAACAGUCUUGGGGAGGAGUUUUACAGGGAGGCCAUCGAACACUGCCGCAGCUACAACGCCCGCCUGUGUGCAGAGCGAUCCAUGCGACUCCCCUUCCUGGACUCUCAGACCGGCGUGGCCCAGAGCAACUGUUACAUCUGGAUGGAGAAAAACCACCGUGGACCAGGUCAUGCUCCCGGUCAGCUGUACACGUAUCCUGCUCGAUGCUGGAGGAAGAAGAGACGGCUAAACAUCCUGGAGGACCCUCGGCUUCUACCUAUUGAGUUUAACAUAGACUACGAGGCUUCUCUAAAGAAAGACGGCGGAAUCCCAGACGGUCCUGUGUUGGAGUCGCUGCUCGCUGGUGAAACCAUCGAUAAGAAGGUGGAAACCAAGGAAGAGGAGUCAAUGAGUGAAUGUCAGAAGUUGCUUGUUGGGGAUUUCCCUCAUGACCUGGAGGUGGACGACAUGGAGGAAGACGUGCCGAAGCGCAAGAACCGUACCAAAUCCCGGGCCUAUGGUGUUGGAGGAAUGAGAAAGAGACAAGAGCUGCCCACCAUAGAAGACAGAGAUAAGCCCUACGUCUGUGACAUCUGUGGAAAGCGAUAUAAGAACCGCCCGGGCUUGAGUUACCAUUACACUCACACACACCUGGCUGAUGAAGAGGGUGAAGAAGACUCAGAACGACACACCCUGCCCUUCCAGCGCAAGAGUAACCACAAAC